AGAGAGAGAAUUUGAGUUUUUGAGCCAAAAAUAUUCCUAUCUUCCAUAUACACCCCAUACUUUCCAUAGAUACUGAAAUUCCUCAUUUCCAUACACCAAAACCACUCCAAAAAUUCUGAUAUAGCCAAAUAUCAAUCGCCUCGAUCAUAAGGAAGAAUGUUUAGUGAUUGAAAGUGAGAAAAACUAGAGAGUUAACCACUUUCUAUACCCCAAACUCCAUAAACUCCAUAAUUUUGAAUUGAGGAUUUGAGAACACACUUCCUACACUUAAGGGUGAUCAAGAGGAAGUUUGGAAAUCAAGAAGUUCAAUCUUUCUUUGGAAGGAAUGGCGAACCUAAUGGAGUUAUUCUGGUACGAGCCCCCAGAAGCUCAUCUCCUCCCAAACCAAUUAGAGGGCUGGGGUGACUCAGAGAGUCUUGUCAGGCAAGCCCAUCCAACACUUGACCAUCUCAUGGGAAGACCCAUUUAUUUACAGGCUGACCCCGAUGAGGACUUAUUAUUCUGGAGACUUAGCCGUGGUAGCACUCGUGAAAGGUACAUAGGAUCGACCCACAUUGUUGGUCUUGCUCCGGACCUAGAACCACCACAUUUUCUGAUCGCACCUCUACCCGUAGGCUUUGCAGAAAGGAGGGGACCCGCAUACCCUAGUAGCCACAUUCGCACCACGACACCUCCUCCACAGCACAUUGCCUAUACCCCAGCUGUGGACUUUACCGACGGUGCAUCAUACUUGGAGACACCGAUACAGAUUACUGGACGGGAAUUUUGGGGUUAUGAUCACGGUACUCCUGUUUACGUAGUCCAGGUAGUAUGGAGUUGCUUUGGAGUGGAGCUCAGUGUGUGGGAGUUUGAGUCCAUCAGGCAGAGUGAGUUUUCGGAGUUAUUUCAUGGGCCAGUUUUCCGAAGCCAGUUCUCCUGGUGGCCUAACAGUCCAUUCUAGACAUCCAACCAAAAGACCCUUUUUGUGAGCUGACCAUGAUUAGUCUAAUCCUUAUAUUUUUGUAUCAAUAGGAUUAGACAUUAAUUGGUGACCGCCAGACUAACGCCCUAUGUGUGGUAACAAUGAUGUAUAUAUAUAUGGUAUUAAUGUGCUGAUAUUAAUGUGAUAGUAAAACAUGAAAAUGACGAUAUUAAUGUGACAGUAAAACUAAUAUGUAUAUAUGAAUGUGGUGAUAAUAGAACUAAUAUGACGUUGUAUCAAAAUUUUAUCAAUAUGAUGUCAUGCUUAUAUCAUUUUACCUUGUAGUAAUGGCCAACGAAGGAAAUGAAACGGGAUCAUCAGUCAGCGGUACCAUCCCAAUGGAACAAAUCAUGGAAAGAGCAGUCACCAACUUUUUGCAAGCCUUGCAAACCAGCAUAACCAAUGGGAUAUUAGAUAGACGAGAAGAAUUGACUACGAUUAAACAAUUUCAAGAUCUGAAACCCACCACGUUUAUCGGCAGUCCAAACCCACUAGUAGCAGAAGCUUGGGUCAGGGACAUGGAGAAAAUCUUCCGCGCGCUACCUUGCCCAAAAAGACAGAAGGUGACUUUUGCCACCUUUACCUUCAAAGAUGAUGCACAAGAAUGGUGGCUUCUUACCCUAGAGAAAGAAGAUAUUGUGACUUGGGCGAGAUUUUUAGAGGUAUUCUAUGAAAAGUAUUUCCCAGAUUCACUACGGGAACAAAAACCUUUAGAAUUCAUACAUCUGAGGCAAGGAACCAUGACAGUGGCCGAAUAUGAAAGUAAGUUCACACAACUGGCCCGGUUCGCGACAUAUGUCAUUCCCACCGAAGCUCGAAAAGCCAAAAAAUUCGAAGCAGGAUUGGAUCCUGAAAUUAAGGACAAGUUGGAGGUUUUGAAACUACCAACCUAUGCGGCGGUGGUAGAUCGAGCAUACAUUGCGGAAAAAGGGAUUAAAGCCUUGCAUUCCGGAGAGCCAAGCCAGAGGAAGCGAUUUUGGGAAAGAGAUAACAGAAGGCCCGGUGCCGCGCCUCCCAAGAAAGUAAAUACGGGCACAACCAGUUCAACCGGUCCAAGCAAUCAAAGUCUUGCAGACCCUAAAGGUGGCACCAUUCCAGCUUGCUCUACUUGUGGAAUGGCUCAUUGGAGACAAUGCCGUCAAGAUACGGGAGCAUGCUUUAGAUGUGGCCAAGUUGGCCAUUUGCUGAGGAAUUGUCCAAAGCUCGUUCGCCCCUUUGAACCAGUCUGAAAACCCGCAGUACUUGGAAGAGUGAGAAAGGACCAGAAACGCAAAGGAAGAGCUUUUGCCCUAGUGCCUGGAAACCCAGAAGUUACUGAGAAUGUCAUGUCAGGUUGCCAAACCAGCUCGAGCUUGUCUUCGAAUGAAUUGGAGCCUCUCCUCCUCCAUGUAUUAUAUCCUUCAUGACAGCCCAACGACUGCUAAGAAAGGGUUGUUGGGGUUGUAUCUGUUAUGUGAUUGAUACUCAACAAGAGACCCCCACACUUGAUGCAAUCCCUGUGGUUCGAGAAUUUCCGGAUUUAUUUCCUGAAGACUUGUCUGGCACCCUAGUUGAUCGAGAAAUCGAGUUCACCAUUGAAACCCAACCUGGUACACAACCAAUCUCAAAGACCCCUUACCGCAUGUCCAUGGCAGAAUUGAAAGAACUAAAGACUCAACUCCAAGAACUACUGAACAAAGGCUUUAUCUGACCGAGUACCUCACCAUGGGGAGCUCUGGUACUGUUCGUAAAGAAAAAAGAUGGUACAAUGAGGUUAUGUAUCGACUAUCAAGAGCUAAAUAAAGUCACCAUCAAAAAUCGGUACCCCCUACCAUAAAUUGACAACUUGUUUGAUCAAUUGCAAGGCGCCCAAGUGUUCUCAAAAAUUGACUUGCGUUCUGGUUACCAUCAACUAAAAGUCAAAACAGAAAGCAUCGAAAAGACUGCCUUCAAAACCCGUUACGGGCACUACGAGUUCCUCGUCAUGCCAUUUGGCGUCACCAAUGCUCCAGCGGCCUUCAUGAACCUCAUGUAUCGAGUGUUCAAACCCUAUCUUGACGAGUUCGUCAUUGUCUUCAUUGACGACAUUCUCAUAUACUCCAAAUCGCCAGAAGAUCAUGAAUACCACUUGUGAAAAGUUCUACAGACAUUACGUGAUCAUAAACUUUAUGCCAAGUUGAAGAAAUGCAAAUUUUGGAUCACUAGUGUACACUUCCUCGGUCACGUCAUUAACAAAGAUGGUAUUUCAGUUGAUCCCCAAAAGGUUGCAGCAAUCAUGGAUUGGCCACGACCUACUAACGUAUCAGAGAUUCGAAGCUUCUUGGGCCUAGUCGGCUAUUACCGGCGCUUUGUGCAAGAUUUCUCGAAAAUAGCUUCACCCUUGACCCAGCUAACUCAAAAGAACACACUCUUUGAAUGGACAGACAAGCAGGAACGUUGCUUCCAAGAAUUGAAGGACAGACUCGUAACGGCUCCAAUACUAGCACUCCCCACGGAAGCAGAAAGGUUUGUAAUUUAUAGCAACGCCUCAUACAAUGGUUUGGGUUGCGUUCUUAUGCAAAACGGGAAGGUCAUUGCCUACGCCUCCCGCCAACUAAAGAAUCACGAAAGGAACUAUUCAUGCCCUCAAAAUCUGGCGUCAUUAUCUCUACGGAGUAGCCUGCGAGGUUUACACUGAUCACAAAAGUCUCAAAUAUCUGUUUACACAGAAGGAAUUGAAUAUGAGGCAACGGCGAUGGCUAGAAUUUAUGAAGGACUACGAUAUAGAGAUCCAUCAUCAUCCCGGCAAAGCUAACGUAGUAGCAGGCGCAUUAAGUCAAAAAAUGACCAAAAGUUUGGCAUGUACCCUCGUUUCCCGCAAGAUCCAUGGGUUGCCCGCCAACAUAAUCGUGGAACCCGAGUUGAUUGAAGAAAUUAGAGCCCGCCAAUGUGAAGAUAAACUUUUGAAGAAAAAGUACGAGGAGCAAGGAAACACGCCUGAUCCUGACUUUACAAUAAGCAACAGGAUGCUAAAAUUUUGAAAUCGAAUUUGCGUACCUGACCUUCCAGAACUCAAGAAAAAGAUAUUGGUAGAAGCUCAUAGCUCGAGGGUUGCGAUCCAUCCCGGAAAUACAAAGAUGUAUCACGAUCUGCAGGAACACUUCUGGUGGACAGGAAUGAAGAAAGACAUAGCAAACCAUGUCUCCAAAUGCCUGUGUUGUCAACAAGUUAAAGCCGAGCAUCAGAGACCUGCAGGUAUGUUGCAGCCACUCCCUAUUCCCGAAUGGAAAUGGGAGCAUAUUACUAUGGAUUUCGUGGUCGGGCUACUGUAAUCAAUCUCAAAGAAUGAUGCAAUAUGGGUUAUCAUAGAUCGGUUGACGAAGUCGGCGCAUUUUCUACCAAUCAAAAUUAUGUACACCCUCUCUAAGUUCGCUACUCUCUACAACAUUAAGGAAAUCGUUCGCUUGCAUGGCACCCCAGUUUCAAUCGUAUCCGAUAGAGACCCCCGCUUCGUGUCUCACUUCUGGAACAAAUUACAAGAAGCUUUGGGAACCACUCUAAGGUUUAGCACGGCUUAUCACCCGCAAACUGAUGGGCAAUCUGAAAGGAAGAUCCAGACCUUGGAAGAUAUGUUACGUUUGUGUGUACUAGACCUCAAAGGUAAUUGGGAUGAUCAUCUACCUUUAGUGGAAUUCGCAUAUAAUAAUAGCUACCAUGCAAGUAUUGGAAUGGCACUGUACGAGGCACUGUAUGGAAGGAGAUGUCGAUCACCUCUGUGUUGGACGGAAGUCGGAGAUAGAAAAUUAUUGGGCCCCGAGAUCGUGCAAAUAACGAGCGAUAAAAUUUAACUCAUCCAACAAUGAAUUCGCACUGCCCAGAGCCGCCAGAAAAGCUAUGUAGAUAUACGGAGACGAGACUUAGAAUUUCAAAUAGGAGAUCAUGUGUUCCUUAAGAUCUCACCGACAAGAGGGGUUAUCUGAUUUGGAAAGCGAGGAAAGUUAAGACCACGAUACAUUGGCCCAUUCGAGAUACUCGAGAGGAUUGGUCCUGUGGCAUAUCGUCUUGCGCUUCCACCCGAACUAUCCAAUAUCCAUAAUGUGUUUCACGUUUCGAUGCUUUGUCGAUAUCUUCGAGAUCCAGAGCAUGUUGUUGAUCAUGAGAACCUAGAAGUUCAAGAAGAUCUCUCUUACGAAGAGCAACCUGUAUAGAUUCUCGAUCGUCGUGAUCAGAUCCUUCGAAAUAAGACUAUACCCCUCGUAAAGGUCUUAUGGAGAAACUAUUGUGUCGAAGAAGCAACGUGGGAAACUGAAAGUCAAAUGCGAGCCAAAUACCCACACCUCUUCGAAAACCAAGGUACGUCAAGUUUGGGGACAAACUUCUUUUAAGGAAGGGAGAAAUGUGACACCCGAAUGUUUUAAAUUUAACAUUACAAUAAAUAGAACUCAGAAAAAUAAUAAUAAUAAAUAAAUGCAUAAUUUAGGAAAUUGGGAAUUUUAUUGUUAAGGAAAUACGUUGUGAAACACCACACAUUAAAUAUUUUAGUAAGUGGUAAGUGAGGUUUUAUAGUUGGGAAGUGAGGUUUUUAGACAUGAACCUCACUUAUAGCCAUACAUAAUUUUAGGAGUCAUCACGAAUUACCAAAGAAGGUAAUAACUUUUAAAUUAGUAAAAUGGUCAAAAUAAGUCAAUGGUCAAAGAAAAAAAAAAUAAAAUCAAACAAGUUAAUAAAUAAAGAGAUAAGGGUGGACCAGAAACUUACACGCGUCAAUUUACGGAACUCUCCGUAGCUUAUUACCCAAGAAUUUCUUUCCUAUAAAUAGAGAAGAUUGGUAUGUUAAGGCAACGGAAAAAAAAAUAAAUAGAGAGUAGAGAAGAGGACGGCACGGGUGAGAAUCUUGAGUGGUGGAAAGGAAGAAUAAAGGAAUUAAUUUAAGGUGAGUUAUAUUAUACCUUGAGUCUCCAAAAUGUAUUUUACUUAUGUUUUGGCUUACCAAAAUCUAUUUUAUACAAGUUAUGUUUAUUAAUAAUAGUUAUGUUUUAUAAAGGUU